AUGGAGAAGAAACUUGGGAUGUAUAAUGAAGUUAAGGAAGCAGAAGAAGUUAAGGAGGAUGGAGAAGAAGUUAGGGAAGCAGAAAAGGUUAAGAGUGAAGAACAAGUUAGGGAAGGAGAAGAAGUUAAGGAUGGAGAAAUAGUUUGGGAUGGGGAAGAAGUGAAGGAAGGAGAAGAAGUUAAGGAAGAAGAAGAAGAAGUUUUGGAUGGAGAUGAAGUUAAGGGUAAAGAAGAAAGUAUGGAUGGGGAAGAAGUUUGGGAUGGAGAAGAAGUUAAGGAGGGAGUAAUGAUCAUGGAUGGAGAAGAAGAAGUUAUGGACGGAGAAGAUGUUAAGGAAGGAGAAGAAACUAAGGAAGGAGAAGAAGUUAGGGAUGGAGAAGAAGUUUGGGAUGGAGAAGAUGUUUGGGAUGGAGGAGAAGUUUGGAAUGGAGGAGAAGAAUCGAAGUAUGGAGAAGAAAUUACGGAAGAAGAAGUUUAG